AUAGAUAUGUUUGAUAUGGGCAGCGACGCGAGACACAAGUGUAUGCUAUCGCGAUGGAGCUCACCUCUAAACGUGGAAGGAAGAGAAAGCUUGAGGAAGAAACAGUUGACAGUGGACAUGGAACAGAUGAUGAAAGACCUACGGCUGACCCUGCUCUCCACUACAUUAGGUAUGAUUCAACAUCAACAUUUCCACCGACUGUGAUGGAAAGGGGAAACUCACUGGAGGAGAUUAUAAAAUCUGUACCCUCACAAGGAAUAUUCCCAUCAGAACUGUUAGAAGCAUUUAAAGCAGAAGACAAACACACGAAUCUCACCUUACGCCUGAAAGAAUUUACCAGAAAAGCAGGCAUCACACUUGUAGGCAGAGCUUUGGCUGCAACAUGCAACUUGAAGAACUGUGAUGCUCGUCCUGAUACAGUUAUUUGUGACGCUCUGUUGAUGUCAAAAUCCCUUCCCCCAACACUGCUCACCUUCAUAGAGGACAAGGAAGAUACUGAAGCAGUUGUCGCCAGUGUCGCGGCAGCCUCUAAAGAUGAGGGAAUAGACGACUACGGGAAGGAAAGAAAAUACAACAAAUCCGUUGCCAAGGCAAUGAUGUAUGCACGUUACUUCACCGAUGAACCAUUUGAUGUGAUCUACGGAGUUAUCAAGUCUGAAGAUACCAAGACGACAAAAACGUUUAAUAGGAGACUGUCAAAUAUAAAAGAAGAGACAUCAAAAUAUAGUAUUGGUAGUAAUCUGUUGAUGUCUCAAGAACGAUGUCUGAAAAUCCACAAGGCCUUCAUCAUGAUGUCUGCCCUAUCCGACAUUCGUUUAUUGCCAGCUGUUGAUGAGGAUGUUGGCAAAGCAUCACACUAUGUUGUGCCUGUGGAUAUGUACCGUAAACUGAUGCUUCAUCUUCAUUCAACCCAUCACAGGACCACUGUAUCUCACAGUGAGAGCUUUCAGUUACUGCUGGAUGAACGACUCUCCAAAACGGGGCAAAGGAUGGAGGACACAUUGCUGAGUGACACGAGUAAGGCAGAGGCAGAGCAGCUGCUGGUCAAACACAAAGGACCUACGGCUGACCCUGCUCUCCACUACAUUAGGUAUGAUUCAACAUCAACAUUUCCACCGACUGUGAUGGAAAGGGGAAACUCACUGGAGGAGAUUAUAAAAUCAGUACCCUCACAAGGAAUAUUCCCAUCAGAAAUGUUAGAAGCAUUUGAAGCAGAAGACAAACACACGAAUCUCAUCUUACGCCUGAGAGAAUUUACCAGAAAAGCAGGCAUCACACUUGUAGGCAGAGCUUUGGCUGCAACAUGCAACUUGAAGAACUGUGAUGCUCGUCCUGAUACAAUUAUUUGUGACGCUCUGUUGAUGUCAAAAUCCCUUCCCCCAACACUGCUCACCUUCAUAGAGGACAAGGAAGAUACUGAAGCAGUUGUCGCCAGUGUCGCGGCAGCCUCUAAAGAUGAGGGAAUAGACGACUACGGGAAGGAAAGAAAAUACAACAAAUCCGUUGCCAAGGCAAUGAUGUAUGCACGUUACUUCACCGAUGAACCAUUUGAUGUGAUCUACGGAGUUUUCAAGUCUGAAGAUACCAAGACGACAAAAACGUUUAACAGGAGACUGUCAAAUAUAAAAGAAGAGGCAUCAAAAUAUAGUAUUGGUAGUUAUCUGUUGAUGUCUCAAGAACGAUGUCUGAAAAUCCACAAGGCUUUCAUCAUGAUGUCUGCCCUAUCCGACAUUCGUUUAUUGCCAGCUGUUGAUGAGGAUGUUGGCAAGGCAUCACACUAUGUUGUGCCUGUGGAUAUGUACCGUAAACUGAUGCUUCAUCUUCAUUCAACCCAUCACAGGACCACUGUAUCUCACAGUGAGAGCUUUCAGUUACUGCUGGAUGAACGACUCUCCAAAACAGGGCAAAGGAUGGAGGACACAUUGCUGAGUGACACGAGUAAGGCAGAGGCAGAGCAGCUGCUGGUCAAACACAAAGGACCUACGGCUGACCCUGCUCUCCACUACAUUAGGUAUGAUUCAACAUCAACAUUUCCACCGACUGUGAUGGAAAGGGGAAACUCACUGGAGGAGAUUAUAAAAUCUGUACCCUCACAAGGAAUAUUCCCAUCAGAAAUGUUAGAAGCAUUUAAAGCAGAAGACAAACACACGAAUCUCAUCUUACGCCUGAAAGAAUUUACCAGAAAAGCAGGCAUCACACUUGUAGGCAGAGCUUUGGCUGCAACAUGCAACUUGAAGAACUGUAAUGCUCGUCCUGAUACAGUUAUUUGUGACGCUCUGUUGAUGUCAAAAUCCCUUCCCCCAACACUGCUCACCUUCAUAGAGGACAAGGAAGAUACUGAAGCAGUUGUCGCCAGUGUCGCGGCAGCCUCUAAAGAUGAGGGAAUUGACGACUACGGGAAGGAAAGAAAAUACAACAAAUCCGUUGCCAAGGCAAUGAUGUAUGCACGUUACUUCACCGAUGAACCAUUUGAUGUGAUCUACGGAGUUAUCAAGUCUGAAGAUACCAAGACGACAAAAACGUUUAACAGGAGACUGUCAAAUAUAAAAGAAGAGACAUCAAAAUAUAGUAUUGGUAGUAAUCUGUUGAUGUCUCAAGAACGAUGUCUGAAAAUCCACAAGGCCUUCAUCAUGAUGUCUGCCCUAUCCGACAUUCGUUUAUUGCCAGCUGUUGAUGAGGAUGUUGGCAAAGCAUCACACUAUGUUGUGCCUGUGGAUAUGUACCGUAAACUGAUGCUUCAUCUUCAUUCAACCCAUCACAGGACCACUGUAUCUCACAGUGAGAGCUUUCAGUUACUGCUGGAUGAACGACUCUCCAAAACGGGGCAAAGGAUGGAGGACACAUUGCUGAGUGACACGAGUAAGGCAGAGGCAGAGCAGCUGCUGGUCAAACACAAAGGUGCAUACAGAAAAUCACAGAUAUGGGUUUGUCCAUGGAAGAAGGUUGGACAUAUGGAACUGAAGCACAGAGAAACUAUGACAAGAAGCACCAUGCCGGGGUUUCACCGAAGUGGUAAACGUCUGAGAUCUGCAUCACGUGGGGCUUUCCUCCCACUAUAAGCUGGAACGCCGCGAUAUAGUUUGAAUACUGUUAAAAGCGGCGUGAAACUCACUCACUCACUCACUCACUCACUCAAAGACCAGGGAUGGUUACCUGUAGGCAAAAAGCAGAGCCAAGCCGUCUUACGACAAUGGUGCAUAUUCAAGAACAUGAGUGCUCAGAGACUAAAUAAGAUUUUCACGUGGGAUGGCAACCUUUCAUCUCCACGCUGCAACAACUGGAAUUUUAGAAUCCAUAGUUUAUUCUCCGAGAACAAUGGUGAUCACCUAUAUUCUCCCGAUCAGGUUCCACGGUCAGCAACAAGAGCAGCUGUCCAUAACCUGGAAACUACGUGUACACGUGACUGGAUUCGACACUGGAUUCAGUGUCCUGUACAGGACGACGUCCCUUUAUGAGUUAUACCAAGAAGCCAGUGCCAUCUGUCAAGAUUUUUAUGUGUGUUCAGAUAUUGACAAGCUCUCAGAUUUUGUUACCAAUAUUCACUUCAUGUUCACGUAACUUACCCUUGUACUUUAUGUGGUGUAUAUACCCUCGUAACAAGUAGUUAUAUAGUUUCCCAUAAUUCCUACAUAGUGACUAGUGUACGGUACGGUGAUAUUCUUGUGUUAUUUUAAAUGUAUAUAUGAGGUGAGAUACAAAUAAGCUGUCUGUCUGUUUGUCUGUCUGUCAAUGAACAGCUAGUUAGUUGGACCCUGGCUCGGUUGUUUACCAGCCAUAGAACUUAGUGCCCUGGACUGUAUGCUGGACCUGUCGCCAAACAUUCUUUAUGAAAAUGUUUAUUCCUCUUGCGUUCUCAGGACUGAUGGAAUCUCUUCGUGUUCUCAGUGGCAUAUUUUGGUAUGGUUCUGACAUUUUCAUCAAUAAAAAACCGAUGUGAAAUUUGGGGAUAAGACAUGUAGGAAUUAAGCAUCUCAGGGGCACCAACUGUGAUCCUCUCGUUGCUGAUAUAGUUCUCUACAGUAAACUACGGUUAUAACGAACUCAGAGGGACUACUAUUUUAAGUUCGUUAUAACCGUAGUUCGCUUUAGGCAUAUAUACAGCAUAACCACAGCAAAUAGUCGGGACUAAAAAGUAAGUUCGUUAUAUCCGUCAGUUCGUUAUAAGCGUGUUCGUUCUAACCGUAGUUUACUGUAUUAUAUAUGAAUCGAUUUUCUGCUCGGAUUGGUAAAGUCAAACCAUGGGAAUAUGGCCAUCAAGUUCAACUUAAGCUUGAGUUUAUCGAUGAUCUGAUAUCGUUCAACAAGGCUCAAAAAGGCAAUUACUUUCCACUGAUUUACCCACCUAACCUCGAAAUAAAAGAGACCGGUUAAACAGUCUCAUCGUUUUUGUAUUUAUCAUAUGUGCAUUAAAUUUCAGAGUGGUAAAAUACUAUCCAUACAUGUAAGUCUGUUUGACUUACAAAUAGUCAGCUUUCCCUUUUUGUUGAGAAAUGUCUUUGGUGUCUACAGUUCACAACGUUUUACGUACAAUCGAGCAUGCUGUUUCUACUGAGACUUUUGUUCACAAGUUGUUCCAUCAGGGUUUCAUUCAAGGGCUUAAUACUGCUUUCGUAUAGUUUUAUGGCAGACAUGAGUACGACAUGACCCUAUGUAAAGUACAAUUGCCUAUUUUUACUGUUAUGAUAUGUUCCAGUGUUUUAUUCAGGUGAACAAUUGAUUUUCCUUUGCAUGUGUUUGUGACGGGUGCCAACGGUUGGGCGGGAUAUGUUCAUCUUUUCACGAACACCUUGUAUAAUCACUACUUGAUAAUGAUUUAUAAGCAAAUGCUUAUGAGACAUGUUUCGCUUGAUAAUUAGGAGAUAAACAUACUGU